AUGUUCGCAGUGAAGGGCUGGAACGUCGAUGCAAGCUCGCUGAAGCCUCAGACGGAGGUGGUCAAAUCUGCAGCGAAGACAGACCGAAAUGGGGAGAAGAAGCAGGGAAAGAAGAGGAAGCGAGGAGAUGUAGGAGCGGCGCAGGACGAAGAUGUGGGCAAGCUGUGGGAUCAACAUAUUGAGGGCAAGGAGCCGGUGAAGUCGAAGCAGGGGCAGAAGAAGCAGAAGAAGCAGAAAGUGGAACAGGGGGGCAGAGGCGCAGGAGCUGGGAAAGAUGAGGGAAAGGCAAAAGUGGAAAAGAAGAAUUCACAAGAUCACGCGGAACUGGGAGCUACAGACGAGGACAAGCAGAAGAAGGAGAUGAAGGAAAGAAAGAAAGAGCGAAAAGAGAAGAAUAGGGAGAAGAAGCGGUCGGGCCAGCAGCCACCAGCACAGGACGGGGCAAUGAAAGUCAAAGACACCCAAGUCGCAGCACCUCCACCGGUACCUGCCCUCCCAUCCGGCACAAAGCUCACGCCCAUGCAAUCCGCGAUGCGACAGAAGCUCAUCUCAGCCCGCUUUCGACAUCUCAAUCAGACCCUGUAUACCGAGCCAUCGUCCAAAGCCCUGGACCUCUUCGACCAGAAUCCCGAAAUGUUCGAAGAUUAUCAUUCAGGCUUCCGCCAACAGGUCGCUGUCUGGCCUGAGAACCCCGUCGACAACUUCAUCUCCACGAUUCAGUCGCGAGGGAAAGUACGGCUACAUUCGCAGAAGAAAGCCUUCAAGGACAAGAAGCGAUCGAAUACAGCCGAUUCGAAAGACGAUGCUACCAUUCCCGCCCUUCCUCGAACACACGGUACCUGCACAAUCGCCGACCUCGGAUGCGGCGACGCUCGUCUGGCACACACCCUCAAGUCGACCAACUCCCUCCAGAACCUCCAAGUCAAAGUCCUCUCCUACGACCUCCACUCACCCUCCCCGCUUGUCACCAAAGCCGACAUCUCCAACGUCCCCGCCGUGGAUGGCAGCGUCGACGUCGCAAUCUUCUGCCUCGCACUCAUGGGCACCAACUGGAUCUCCUUCAUCGAAGAAGCCUACCGUAUCCUGCACUGGAAAGGCGAAUUGUGGGUCAGUGAGAUCAAGUCUCGUUUUGGGCGGGUUGGCGGUGGCAAGCCGAAAGUCGUCGAGCAUAGUGUGGGUGGGAAGAGGAAGUUGGCUGCUUUGAAGAAGGCGCAGGAGGCGAAGCAGCGGGAUGCAGCCGACGUCAACGAACAAGAGGCGCUGGCAGUCGAGGUCGAUGGUGUUGAGACGCAGAACCAAGAGACCGAUGUAUCCGGCUUUGUCGAUGUGCUGAGGAGGAGAGGGUUCCUGCUGAAGGAUGGUGAGAAGAGCAUCGAUUUGAGCAACAAGAUGUUUGUGAAGAUGGAGUUUGUGAAAGCGGCGCAACCGGUGAAGGGAAAGAAUGCUGAGAAGGAUGGAGAGAGGAAGCCGGUCGAGAGGUUCAGGAAGCCGAAGGCCAAGUUCUUGGACGAAAAGGAUCCGGACGAUGUGUCGACUGAUGAUGAGGGCAAGGUGUUGAAGCCGUGCUUGUACAAGAUCAGGUAG